UUGCGUAACGGUACUAACUAAUUGGGUGAAGUUGUCAAGUUGAAUAAGUCAAUCCGAAGCUUGACUGGGUCCGCUAGCAUAUUAUAUAGAUUUUAAUAUCUUACCUUGUAACAGGUGGUAAGAGCGAGAGAAUAAAAUGGCGUGUAGCAAGCAGGUGGCACUGCUGGAAACAGUCUGUGUGGUAUAGAUGUUCCUAUUAAUGAUGUAUCAUGUUACCUAAUCGUAUGCCAGUGUAAGUGAGAGCAGCGAACAAUGUGCUAAAGGGUAGACAGCGCUCGUAGAAGCUCUCCCUGUCACAUUCCUCCAGCGCUUUCAUUUCAUCUGGUGUUAACUCGUAGUAACGCUGAAAUCAGAAUUCAGUUCAGGGAUGUGGGCAGUGAACACAUCCAUUCUUGCAGUCCACUAUUUGUAAAUUUACGUAUUUUACUACUUUCAUGCCUAUACAACAUCUUACUACAUAAAUGCGAAAGGUCAUUCAUCACGAAAUCUUGAAAAGUACUUGCAGUACAAAGAUCAAAUUUUGUUUGGAGGUAGUUUAUAGUAAGUAGACCUGCGGACUGGUUUUGCAAGAGCCGGAAUAAUGCCGCUUUUUGUUAAAAAUCAUGACGACCUAUCUGGUGCACUUGGAAGUGCUGAGAUUCACAACAGAGAAGUCCUGAGUUCGAAUCCUAUCAUCAUUAUCAUCAUUAACAGCGGAUGGACGUCCACUGCUGGCUGACAUAAACCUCUUGCAUAGACAUCCAAUGCCUGCAUCCAGCGGCUCCCUGGAACUCGCUUGAUGUCUUCGGUCCAUCUAGUAGGGGGUCGACCAACACGGCGCUUUCUAGUGUCGUCAUUCCAGCACCUAGAGACCCUCGGCUCUACGAACUCUGUGCCCCGCCCACUUCAGCUUUGCGGUUAGUAGAGCUAUGUCGGUGACUUCCGUUGACAGCGGAUCUCCUCAUUUCUGAUUUGUAUAUAGUAUAGUAAGUAAUAGUAUCCUAAACUAAUUAAAGUUAAAUAAAGACCGUUUCACAUUAAGUAAAUAGAUGACUUACCAGUGGAUGUGUGACAUUCCGUAUUGGAGGACAUGUCCAUUUGAGUUCCGAUUCAUCCACUUUACAGACCUCAUCCUUGUCAUUUUUUUUCGGAUCAACCAUUACGUUCUAAGGGAGUGCGAAAGAGGCUAGAUUUUAGUACCAAAGGGUUUGUAUGCUUUAGUUUUCUGCAUUAUAGUCAAAAAUAUUUUGUUCCAUGAUUAAACGUGCAUUUUCGCCGUUCCGGAUGCAAAGAGUAAAACUGACGUUUUGGGUGACAUUGUAAAAGUCAUGAACCUAUAAAAGUAGAGCUUUUGAUUUUUUUUGUAAUACUGCUAAUGUUCAGCCAGAAUUUUUACCUACUGUUUAAUAAUAUAAUCUAUUAUACAGAUAUAUACUCGUAGAGUUUUUUAACUUUUAGACUUGAAGAACGACUUGACCGAUUCUUUCUUGAACCUAAUCUGAGCAAAUAGCAGAAUAGCUAUUAAAAAUUUAAACCUAUGUAGUAUAUAUCAAGAGACAUGGGAGAGGGUGUGGGUUCGAAUCCGGUCAGAGGCAUGCACAUGCACCUCCAAAUUUUCAGUUUUGUGCAUUUCAAGAAAUUAAUAAUCACGUGUCUCAAACAGUGAGGAAAAAACAUCGUGAGGAAACCUGCAUACCAGAGAUUUUUCUUAAUUUUCUGCGUGUGUGAAGUUUGCCAUGCCGCAUUGAGCCAGCUUGGUGGACUAUUGGCCUAACCCCUCUCAGUCUGUGAGGAGACUCGAAUUCAGCAGUGAGCCGAAUAUGGGUUGAUAAUGAUAAUGAUAUACUGAGAACAAUGAGCAAAUGCUUUAACAAUGUAUUUAGGAUUCUGUGGUUUAAAUGCUGUCCGCUUGGCAAACGAGUAAAUUAACAAAAAUCGCCAAUAAUCAAAGUUACUUUGACAAAAUCACAUGCACAACUAAACUGUAAAUGUCAAAUUCGUAGUCAACUCUCGUAAUAAUGUCGUCUAUAAAUGUUUUAUUUUUAUUACACGUCUGUUUAAACUUUAAUCUGAGCGCUGUGGUCUCCCCACGUCUUUAACUCAGCACCCUCGGACCAUGAGCGCGAUCGGGCUUAUGCUUCUAUUGAGCUUGGUUAGAGCAGAACAGUAUUCCGAUUACGUUGGAGCUAGCAUGCCGCAGUACAGCAUAGAGGAAGACAUUCGCGAUGCUCCCCUCCCGUCCGAAGACUACCUGGAACAAUCACCUGACGCGGAGGCACCGAUUCCUUUCGAUUAUAAGUACGAAGAAAAUUUACGAGAAAAAGACAACAAAUUAACACAGAAGUACGAGGAAGAUAAACGGUAUCAUCCCAAUAAAAAAUCAAAAUAUUCGCCAAACAACUCUGACGAUUAUGACGAACAAGAACAUGAAGAGGCAACAGUUCCAAAACUAAAAACGAGUCGCAAAAUGAGAGGACAUCGUACUCGACUAAAAGAUAAAGAACUUGAUGAAGAACAGAUAAAUUACAGACAAAAGGCCCAGUCUGAUGUUCAUAAUAGAAGAAUUUACAAAGAUGACAUAGAUAUUACAAACGAUUAUUACGGUAAAGAUAAGACGCUUGAAGACAAUAGUAAAAAAUCUGCUGAUAUUAACUAUAGACAGAAAAAGAACAAAGUGAUUAGAAGGAAACCUAGAGAUAGAAGUAUAAAUUAUAGACAGGAAAAUGUUGAUUUUGAAGAUUUGAAGUCCUUGGGGAAGGGUGAUGUAAAGCCUAUAGAGGCAGAUAAUAUGAAUGAUGAAUCAGAAUACGUACCGACUCGAAGAAAAAAAAUUCGGCGUGUCAUGGAUCAGAAACCAGUGCGCCCUGUACCUGAAAAGACCAAUAUGAGAAACAAAAACUACCCAGAAUACGAAGACAAUUAUUUUGACAUGAAAAGGGUUAAUGAUAUGAAAAAUAGACUGCCUGAUCUUCUUCGUAGAACACAAGCAAGCAAUACGGAGACGAUCGGGCGCCCCGAGCAAGACUUCCGUUACCGACGCGCAGAUGUGCCAGACCAGACCACUAUUACAACCAGCAACACCAGUAACACCAGCAACGCCACUGUACAGGAGACUAUCAUCACCGAGUCAACUAAUACGACUAUUAUGUCAAACACAACAGAAUUGUCCCUAGCAGAGAAAUCAAGACUAUCAAUACUGAAAAAGGUUAAUAGGAAAAACGAAAUAAAAGACGUGGGACUGACGACUAAGCCGCCUGUAUUGAUGCAGGUCACCCAACAACUGCACACUUUGGUGAUGGUAGAACCAGUGAGUUUAGGUGCACCGGUAGUCGAAGAUACUCCUGAAAGGAUCGCUAAGGCCAAGAAACUGAUGCGCCAGAAGUUAAUGGCAGGUGCUCGCAGUAUACACGACUUGACUGAUAAUUGGGACGAGAUGGUGUGUGACUACAUUGAUGUGUCGCUGCUAGAUGCAUCGCCGUUGGCAUAUCCUACGUUGUGGAUGUUAUUUAUUGGGAGUUUGAUUUGUUUAAAUUGGUCAAAUGUUGUUCCUAUUUGAAGAAGGUUAUGA